AUGCCCAGCGAUGUCGAAAAUGGCAACAGCGAAACAGACUCCCUCCUCAACCGAGGCCGCCACCGAAUGAAGCGCUUCUUCGACGGCUUCGUCGACUUUGCCUUCCAAGGCAACAUUCUCCAAAUCGCCUUUGGCCUAAUGUACUCUCCCCUUUCCCCCAUCACAAUCCCACGCACUGGCCCUAACAAGCGCAGCAUCGCCAACAUCUUCACCGACCUAAUCAAAUCCUUCGUCAGCGCGAUCCUCAUGCCCCCACUGGCAAUCAUCUUCCCCGUCAACAAGAACAUCGAGGAGAAAUUCGCGGUGCUACGAUACGGCGACAACUACAACACCACAACGGGGUACAAUACCCUGCGGCAGGCGCUGGACGAUGGCGCCGUGGUGAUGGCGUACGGGUCGUUCAUCUACCAGGUCGUUUCGUUUGUGAUGGUGGGGUUUGCGCUGUACGGGCUGGCGCAUGUGUAUACGUUGGUGUCGCAUGAUCCGAUUAUAAAGUAUACGAAGAAGUGUAAAUAUUGUAGGAAGCGGAUUAAUGAAAAGUGUCUGCGGUGUAUUAAUUGUACGAGCUGGCAGGAUGGGAGGGAGGAGAGGAAUUGUUGA